ACAGAGGUUUAGGGUUCUUGGGAAGCAAUGGAAGCGAUAUUAGUCUCAGCAGGAGUGCUGCUGCCCUUCCCAUUCUACGCGCUUCUCUGGAUGCGGCCCUCGCUAUGGACGCGCCUGUGCGGUGGAGCAGAUCCGUGCCACGCGAUGGCGCUGGCGUCCACGGCAAUGAAGGCUGUGCAGUUCCUGGCGCUGGCAUCCGUCGCUGAUUUCUCUGUUUGGCCGCCGCUGUGGGUGUGGAUUCCCAUCGCUGUGGGUCAGGCAUUGAAUAUCAGGGUUUAUCAGCUGCUUGGCGAGGAUGGAGUCUACUAUGGCGUGCGCUUCGGCAAGAGCAUUCCCUGGGUAGACAAGUUUCCAUUCGGAUACUUGCGCGAUCCGCAGUACUUUGGUUCCAUUUUGAGCUUGCUUGGCUGCGUUUACUGGAUCCCGUUUCGAUUCAUCGCUCUGUGGUGUGCUGGCUACUUGUUUAUGAUGUUCGUCGAGAGUGCCGAAGAUCCUUCCACUCGAGCCAGGAAGAAAGAAUGAUCGAGCUUGAGAUCAAUUUUACAUUCUUUUUCUUUGAUCUGUC